AUGCCGCCGGCUCGGUCCCGGGGGAGCAUUGAGCGGCGGAGAGCGCUGGAGCAGCCGGACCUGCAGGUGCUGCCGCCGCACGUAUGGGCGACGCUAGGCGGGCUGGGGCUGGCGGCGACGGUGGGUCUGUUCGGCGUGCUGGGGCUGAUCACGGAGUGGGAGGUGCCUGGCCUGCCGCACCUCUCCUCUCUUCUGUGCGUACCCUCUUUCCUCCGCGAAUCCUCAUUCCUUCCGCCCCCUGUUAUCUUCCCCUUUCCGCUGCACCCCACCGUUCCCGCCGCCCGUGACCCUUUCCGCGCGCCCGCUCCCCCGCCAGAGUCGUGGAAGGCGCGGUUCAAGUGGAGGCCGCGCGCGCGGCAGCAGCAACAAGACAUGGACCCGCCCCCCUGGUCGCUCACAGCCGCCGCCGUGUGCAGAGCGCUGCACGUGGUGCGCGACGUGGGGCUGCACAAGGAGGUGGCGCAGGCGCGGCUGGCGCGGCACGGCGUGAACGAGAUCGAGUCGCUGCCCGUGCCCACCUUCCUCGCCUUCCUCAUCCCCGCCGUCUACACCCCCACUAGACUGCUGCUGCUGUUCCUCCUGGUGCUCUUCACGGCACUGUGCGCGUGGUCGGAGGCGCUAGUGGGCGUGGCGUGCGUGCUGCUGCUACUGCUGCUCGACACGUUCGCGGAGUGGCUGGGGCGCAGGGGCCUCGCGAGUGCGUGCCUGGCAGUGCCGCACGACGCGCUCGUGCUGAGGGACGGGGUCGCUGUCACGCUGCCCCGGAGGCUGCUCGUGCCGGGGGAUAUCGUGCUGCUGCGCCCAGGCAUGGAGGUACCAGCGGACGUGCGUCUCCUGCACUGCAGCCUGCUUGAAAUCGACGAGUCAGCCGUGUCAGGCGAGUGGGAAGCAGCGCCGUGCCCCAAGGACGCAGCAGCCAUCAUCUCCGGCCGCACCACGGCCGUAGACUGCGCCAACAUCGCCCUCGCCGGCACCAUCGUCACCUGCGGGUACGGCUCGGGAGUCGUGUUCCGCACGGGCAAGAACACGGAGAUUGGCAGGAAGAUAGCAGCAGCUGCCAAGCAUCACAGGAGCAGGUUGUUGGGCGGGGCCGGGGAGGUGUCCCCGCUGCUGUUGGUGCUACGGGGUGCUGCGCGUUGGUCGACGCUCGUAGCGGUGGUUUUUACGCUGGUGGUUGCUGGGCUGGGAGUGUACCGGGCUGUUGACUGGCAGACGAUUCUGCUCACGUCGCUCGCGUUUUUCUUCGCCGCGCUGCCCGAGAACCUGCCCGCGAUCUUCUACUCCACGCUUGGCGCGGGCAGCCAGCGGCUCGUGCAGAACGAGAUCUUUUUCAAGGAGCUUCGGGCAGUCGAAAACCUCUCAUACGUGGACACAAUCCUAACAGACAAAUCGGGAUCCUUAACAGAAGAACGGCUAGAUCUCCAAGGCCUACUGGUCGCUUCUACAGCCAUAGGCGUGGAGGAACUAGCAGUAGCCACACGAGAGAUGCCCAAGGGCGGGCCGUUAGCAGCAGAGGGAGGGAUGGAGGCGCUAGGGAAGCUGCUGGAGGCGUGGGUGUUUAUGUCUGACAUGGGGGAUGAUUUGUUGGCGGAGAAUCUGGGGGGGAGCGCGGGGGGGAGGGGGAUGGGCGGAGCAGGCGCGCAGAGGGGUGCGGAGAAGGGCGAGGGGCUGGGUGGGCGUGGGCAUGCGUCGGGAGGAGUGGGGGGGCAGGUGGGGGGGAGUGGAGGGGAAGGGGAGGGGAGUGGGAGCGAGGAGGGUGCGAAGGUGAAUGGGAAAGCUGGGGAGUCAGGGGGUGCGGCGGAAGAGGGUACCGAUGCUGAGUUCCUAGCAGCCAUAGCGAAGGAAGCAAAGGAAGCAGGAGCAGGUGACGUGAGUGUGGAUAUUCGAGCAGGAGCAGAGGAGGAACAGAGCGAAUCCCUCCUGGAAUCAGGCCGAAAGGCCGGCGAUCCAACCCCGGACGUGGCCGCGCGAGGAGGCCACGUGGACGCUCUGGAUUGGGCGAUUCUGGGCGCGGUGGGCGGGCCGUCUGUGCUGACGAGCCUGCCUUAUGAAGGGCUGGAAGGGGUGGAAGCAGAGGUGGCAGCAGCAACGGCAUCGGCUGCAAGCACAACUACCAAGGGGCUGCGGCCGCUGCAUGACCUGCUGAGGAGGUGCUAUGAGGCCAAGGCGGCGGCGAGAAGGCUGACGGAUACCCCUUAUGAGUCGAGCCUCAAGUGUGCUGUGCGGACGUAUGCGGAUGUGCGGACGGUGGUGGGCGGCGCGGGUGGCGUGGGGGUGACGAGAGGCAAGUCGGUGCAGAAGAAACUGCUGGCGCUGGGGAAGAGUUUCAACAGACGCCCGUGCAGGGGGCGUGGGCUGUGUGGCGGUUUUCACAUGACCAUGAUGUACCCACUUCCCCAAUGCCCAUGCAUCUCUCCUCCCGUGUCCGCCCUCUCCCGUCGCCCACACCUGCCUGACCUCUGCACCCAUCUCCACCGUUCCCCUGUCCUGGCCACCAGAGUGGCCGAUGCAAGUGGGCAGUUGGGGGCGGACGCACAGGUCAGCGCCGGCACCGGGAGUAGCGGCGGCAGCGGCAGCGGGGUGUGUGAGCUGCGGCAGCGGGUGUUUGUGCGGGGCCCACCGGAGGUGCUGCUGCAGCAGUGCGGCACCAUUCUGCACCGCGGCGAACCGGCUUCCAUCACAUCGUCACGUGCCACCAUCCAAGAGCAGAUCAACGAGCUCACGGAGCAAGGCCUGGUGCUGGUGGCAUACGCAUCAGGAGACAUGCUAGUGGACAGUCCGCGAGCCUCCUCUCGCCCGGCCAUCCUCGCGUGCAUCCACGACUGCACCUUCCUGGGGGUGGUGCUCGCAGCAGAGUCCCCUCGCCCUGGCGUGAACGACGCUGUGAGGAGCUGCCAGCAGGCCGGGGUGCGGCCUGUGGUGGUCACGGGGGACCACAUGGCCACUGCUGCUGCUCUCGCCAAGACUGUUGGGCUGUGCAAGGGUGGACAGCAACCGGGGGCAGCACCGGAGGUGGUAUCAUGCGUGGAGAAGCCAGCAGCGCAGACACCGCAGGAGGAGCUGAGUGCGCUGGUGCAGGCCAGCAGUGUAUUCGCGCGUGCCUCGCCCAUCGACCGCCUCUGCAUUCUCGAGGCCCUCCAGGCCAAUGGCGCCUUUGUCGCCGCCUGUGGCACAGGCAUAGUAGACGCGCCAGUGGUAGCGGAAGCAGACGUGGGGCUGGCGGUGGGAGCAGCACCAGACGUGGUGAGGGAUGCAGCAGCCGUGGUGGUGCUAGACGGGUCCUUCGGUGCAGUGCGCUUCCUGCUGGAGGAGGGGCGCGCGCUGCUGCUCAACCUGCGCAAGGCCACUGCGCUCACCCUCGGCACGCGCCUGGGGCUCGCUCUGCUCAUGCUCGCUGGCACUCUCUGGGUCAACUACCCACUGCAGCCCACGCAGAUCAUCAUAGCAGCAGUGUUCCUCAACGCAGCCUCGCUCUUCUCCUACACCGUCGAACUCCCAGACGCAGACACCAUGCUGCACCCGCCGCGCCACCGCACCCAGCCCUUCUUCGACCUCCCACUCCUCUCCCUCUCGGCCGCCGCCACCAUCGCCACGGUCACAGCCUCCCUGCUCGCCCUCGCCUUCUCCCUCCGCACGGCGCUGCAGGGCGACACGCAGACAGUGGUGUUUGUGGCCUGGCUGCUCGCGUCCUGCCUCGUGGGAUUCCACAUGCGCACCUUCUCCCAGCCGCUCUUCAGCAAGGGUCUCGGGUCCAACUCGCUCGUGCUGCUCUGGCUGCUUGCAGUCGUGGUCUUCUGUGUGCUGCUCGGCGUGUUCCCGUGGCUUCAAAAGGCCGUGCAUGUGGUGAGCCUGACCCCCACGGACUGGGGGAUCGUGGCGGCGAUUGCGGUGAUUGGCACGGUGUGGAUCGACCUGUGCAAGCUGCUGGUGGCCAAGUCGAGAGAACAUGGGUAUGAGGUGCCCAGUAUGCCUGUUCCUGUGGGAGGCCGGGGUGGGGGCGCACGUGGAGGUGUCGGGGUGGCGCCGCUGCUGCCGUCUACAGCACUCAAGAGCGAUGUGGAGAUGACAUGA